UCCUCAUUAAGAAACUCUAAGUGUUAACAUUAUUUUGCCACUCCAAGAGCUUCAGAUCCAAUUGGCCUUUGCUCAGAUAAAUGCCCAUGUGAGCUCUGCUCUUGGGCGGAACUCCAAAGACCUCUCUUUUUGUAGAUUCUUGAAGUGAAGCUCUCAAGAAUAAAGCUCACCAUCUCCUUUACAUUAUUAAAGAAAAAACUUCAUUUUUUUAUACAUCGUCUCUGUUUCUGUGACCCCUGUCACUUAGCUAGCUCAAGAUUUGAUUUUGAGCUAAGUUAAAUCCUCUUUCUCUUCUGGGUUUCUUCCAUUAACAUCCUCCUUCAAGUUUUACACCAAAAUGUUUCUAGGGAAUGGGUUAUUAUACCCAAUCAUUGGCUUUGCAUCUUGUGUUGCAUUCAUCUACAUGUCCUUUGGAGAUCUUGACCUUAGCUUUGACUACAGAUUCUCAGAGCCCAAAAUGAGCUUUGUGGGGAGAAAUGGGACUCAGUUCUUUGUUGAUGGGAGAGCUUUCUAUGUGAAUGGGUGGAACUCAUGGUGGUUAAUGGAUCAAGCUGUGGAAGAUUUCAGCAGGCCAAGGGUUAGAGAGAUGUUUCAGGCUGCAGCUAGGAUGGGACUCACUGUUUGCAGGACUUGGGCUUUUAAUGAUGGGGCUUAUAAUGCACUGCAGUUGUCUCUUGGGCAGUUUGAUGAGAGGGUGUUUCAGGCAUUGGACUAUGUAAUUGUGGAGGCGCGGAGGCAACAAAUAAGGCUUUUACUCAGCUUAUCGGACGAUUUACCAUCAGUUGGCGGUAAAAGACAGUAUGUGAAAUGGGCCUGGGAGGAUGGCAUUAGCCUUAGCUCCUCCAACGACUCCUUCUUCUUCGAUCCAUCCAUCAAAAGCUAUUUCAAGAAUUACUUGAAGACUAUUUUAACCAGGAAGAACCAUUUGACUGGUAUUGAAUAUAGAGAUGAUCCUACCAUCUUUGCUUGGGAGCUGAUGAACGAACCAAGAUGCACAACUGAUCAAUCUGGAGACACUCUCCAAGAAUGGAUUGAAGACAUGUCUAAAUAUGUAAAAUCAAUAGACAGGAAUCAUCUAGUUACAAUUGGACUUGAAGGUUUCUAUGGACCAAGAAGCCCUCCAGAAAAACUCAGUCUCAAUCCAGGAGAAUGGUUCAGUACCUUAGGAACUGAUUUCAUUCGAAACUCCAAGAUUUCAACCAUUGACUUCACUUCUGUACAUAUAUAUCCUGAUCAAUGGAUGAUAGAAACUGAACUUGAUGAGAAAACCAAGUACAUCUCCAAAUGGAUAAUCUCUCACAUAGAAGAUGGAGAACGAGAGCUUAAAAAACCAGUUUUGUUCUCUGAAUUCGGACUCUCAAACAAGAACAAGAAGUUUGAUCAUUCUCACAGAGACAUAUUCUACCAGUCCAUCUACGAUCUUAUAUAUAAAUCUGCGAGCAAGAAUGGAGCUGGAGCAGGUGCAAUAAUUUGGCAACUUAUUGCUGAAGGCAUGGAAGAGUAUAACGAUGAUUUUGGAUUCGUACCAAAGGAAAGGCCUUCAUUGUUUAGGUUGUUGAAGAAGCAAUCAUGUCGGUUGGCUAGAAUUCAUUACGGGAAGGAUUGGGAAAGGAGAGGUUCUCCAUACUCAUGUUAAAGAGGGGAGUUGUUUUAGUUUGAAGUAUUUGCUAUAAGUUUAAGGAUCACAUUACUAAUGGUUUAUUGCAUAAUAUAUUGGGUUACGAUGAAGGUUACUGUCUUGCGCAGCAACGGCCAUAUGGUUUUACUUCGUAGAUUUUUGCUUUUGAAGGCCUUCCUAAGGAUGAUAUGAGGUGCUCAAGGGGAAUGUAAGAAGAUUUUUUGUGCUAUUUUUGUAUGCAUUGCAAUAGUAGUUGAAAGUUCCAUGUUCAAAUCCUUCUUCGCCA